AUGGGGGAGGUGGAGCUGUCGUGUCAGGCCUAUGUCAAGAUGUAUCUCCACUCGGCUCUGUUCCCAAGAUGCAGCGUGAACGGCCUGCUGCUCUCCUCUGCCACCACUGGGGGCGCUGUGUGUGUCACUGACUGUGUGCCCCUGCUGCACUCCCACCUGUCUCUGGCUCCCAUCACCCAGCUCGCUCUCACACAGGUGGAUGUUUGGUGUUCGCAGACACAGCAAAGGAUUGUGGGAUAUUAUCAAGCCAACGCCUGUGCAUCUGACAGCAGCCCGACUCCGUGCGCUCUGAAGAUCGCAGAUAAGAUUUCUGAACAGUUUGACGGAGCCGUGUUGUUGAUGCUCGACGGCAGUAAGAUGUCGGCAGAUUACAGAGUUCCUCCCAUCGUCGUUUACGAACGGAAGGACUCGAGGUGGACGCUCAAAGACAAGCACACGAUCAUGAUGCGUCAGUGGGAGGAGACUCGGGCCGUGGCGUCUCAGCUGCUGGACUCCGGUGAUCACAUGACCCUGGUGGACUUUGACUCGCACCUCGAUGACAUCACCCGCGACUGGACCAAUCAGAAGCUCAACGGCAAGAUCACAGAGCUGACAUGUCCCGUGAACGGCACCAUAUGA